UUUAAAAAGUCCGGACUGCCUGUUGGUGACAGCAGGAACUGAGUCGAUCGGUGAAGUCAGUUAGAGACAUAAAAGUAGAAUCAUGUAUGUAUAAUCAGCCUGGGAGCUUUAUUGGAGAUAUAUGAUUCUUCUCGAAACAAGUCAGAUCAUUUUUUUCGCAGAAUGGAAGCUCAUUACGACCAGUUUUUAGACUCACCAUCCAAAAACAGCUACAUUGGAAGCUAUUACCAACCUCCAGAUAGGAUACUACCAAGACAGCUGGAGCCGGAGUUCCCAGUACACUCAUCAGCCAGCAUGGACCCAAAGGUGAUUAGGCCGCGGAUGUCUAAUUCCAAACAAAACGUUGACAGCAAAGCAGGUGUUGUUGAAGCACUCAAGACGCUCCAGGAGAAAAUCAGAUGUUUAGAGAAGGAGAGGAUACAAACAGAAAAAUGCUACCAGGAGUUUUCCCUCAAUGCUCAAAAACAUCAACAUGCCACAUCUUCUUACUCAGUGCUCAGUAAAACAGCAGCAAGCCAGCCUGACACAGACAACUCUGGCAGAAAAGAGAUCGACUCAAAGCUGCAGUCUGCAGAGGCUCGCUGUAAGGUUCUUGAGAAGCAGCUGGACUACAUGAGGAAGAUGGUUGAAAAUGCUAAGAGGGAGAGGAACGUUGCCACGGAGAAUCAGAACCAACAGCCAAGUAGUUCAAACAGCCAAUCUCAGCAGGAAAAGCUGGAAAAACUUGAAUCAGAGUGUCUCAAACUGAGCGUGACCCAAACCCUGGCAGAGAGGAAACUUUCCAUCUUGGAGCAAAAACUCCUGAGAGAGGAGCAUGAGCGUAAACUUGUGCAGGAGAAAGCUGAUGAGCUGCAGAGAGAGUUGGACACAAACCUUCGUCUAUCGUUGCAAACUUCUGAAGAAACAAAGCCAAAGAAAAUAAAAAAGACAACCAAUAAAACCCAAAGGCAGAAUGAACUUGCAUCACCAAGUGGAUCCAGAAAUUUCAAAAUGCCCUUUGUUGCAGGAACUUCAACCAGCCCAAGCCAUUCAGUCCAUGCCAAUUUGCAAAGUAUCCUUCACAUGAUGAAACACCAUCAGCCCCAGCUGUGUCAGCAUGUGAGCUCUCUGCACAUGUCCAGUGCUGGAGUUAAAAAGAGCCUCCAGAAACACUUUCAGCAAUCCACCAUUGCUGCUCACAUGCCUGAAAAGAAGCCCAAACAAGCAGAUCAUCCACUGGGCUCAUUGUCUGACCUGCUACUGGCUCUGCAGGAUGAGCUGGGACAAAUGAGCUUUGAGCAUCAGGAGUUAGUGAGUCAGAUUGAUGCUGCCAAAACUCAGGAGCAGAGGCAGGAUCUUCAGGAAGAGCUGGAGAGGUUGUCAGCCAGAAUGGAGAAGAAAGGAGCUCAGAUCACCAAGCUCCACAAACACCAGGGAACAAUCAAACAGCUGACCCAGAGUCAACCUUGUCCAGACAAACACACAACCAAGAAACCAAGCAGGAUUAAACCACCGGCUCCUUCUCCUGUUAAAAACAAGCAGAAAGGAGAAAAAAGUGGGACCUUUCAAAACAACCUGCAGCUCCUCAGAGAGACGCAGAAAUUUAGAAACAGCCUCAAACAAGAUGACCUCUACUGGGAAACAUGAGGUUCUUCUCAGAAAACACAACUUUGAUCCUACAGCUGGUUGAACCUUAAGGUUCCCCUCCUCUUGAGAUGGCCUCUUUGGCAUUUUGAAUGAGAAAUAAAAAGAGGGAAUGAAUGAAAUGUAUGUGUUAAACACUGGAAUGGAUCAUGUGUCACUCAGCAAAAAGAAAAAGAUGGGUGAUAAAUUAAAUCUUAUGAUUCCUCACAUCAGAGGAUCUGUUGUUUUUAAAACGUGUUUUUCUGAUCUCAAAUGAAGCUGGAGUUAUCUAUUUUAAUUAUUAAAAUUUUUAAAACAGCA